AUGGCUCCCCUUCAACCCGGUGACUCCUUCCCCGAAGGCGUGACCUUCUCCUACAUUCACCCCACUGGCUCCCUCGAUCUGACCUCGUGCGGUAUUCCGACAACAUACGACGCCAGCAAAGAAUUCCAAAACAAGAAAAUUGUCCUCGUCGCCGUCCCCGGCGCCUUCACGCCGACCUGCCAGGAGCAGCACAUCACCUCGUACCUGUCCCAUCUAGACCAACUCAAGGCCAAGGGCGUCGACGGCGUAAUUUUCAUUGCGUCCAACGACGCCUUCGUCAUGUCUGCGUGGGGCAAGGCGAACGGGAUCAAGGAUGAGUCGAUUCUUUUCGCGUCGGAUGCCAACGCCGAUUUCAGCCGGAGCAUUGGGUGGGCUAGCGCCGACCGUACUGGGCGGUACGCUCUGGUCAUCGACCACGGCAAGGUUGUUUACGCCGAGGCGGACACUGUCCGUGGCAGCAUUGCCAACUCGGGCGCUGAGGGUGUGCUUGCGAAGCUCUGA